AUGAAAACCCUCAAUAUUCUAGCUGUGUUUUGUUUGAUGGCACUGCUACACAACGCCAUGGCCUUCCCUCGUUUAUUGGGUAAAGGUAAAAUUGAGCGUUUGCUGAAAGAUACCGUUAAAUAACUCCUUGAUUUUUUUUUUCAUCAUGUCAAAAUGACUUCUAUAGCAAUGUUAUCUCGUGUUAAGUGUUCAAGAAUGUAAUGAUUUUAAUCAGGGUUUCAUUCAUCAGGUAAAUAUGAUGAAGUGAGUGCUGAUGAAACCAAUAUUCUGGAGAACAUACUGGAUCAAAGGGGGACUGACUUCGGAGACAUGGUCGAUGAGAGCAACUUUGAAGACGAUUACCUGAGAAGAAGGGAACCCAUGCCCCUAAAAUGUAGAUGGUAAGGCAACAGCGUGUUUUACAAAAUAGCCUACCAUUUUUGGUAUGAACUUAAAAUGUGAUAGUGCAGCGAUCAUUGUAAAUUUACUUCAUCAAUUCAAAAGCUUUUGACCAAUCUCACUGGACUUCAGACUCAGAGUAAUAUACUGGAAGAGCCUUUUUUACUCAAUAAUUGCGUGAUUUCGAAUAGCAGUACUGAAUAGCAGUACUGAUGCAGGAUGUCUGAGAGAUAAAAUGGGAGCAGUAUUUAAAUGGUGUCCUUAUUUAAAAAUCGUGUUUUCUGGUCCAGCUGAGAACAUUCAGACUGCGAUUUUAUCAGUGUUGAGCAUGCCUGAGAAAUUGACUGAGGAAAAUUGCCAUGUCUGACAAUUUUUAAAACGAUUCGUGAUUUACGUGAUCUUAGGGAGAGUUCAAGACAAAAAAAAAACCGGGUUCCUUCCAUUUUGUCAAUUAAGCCUGGAGAGAUGUGUUCUUCAUUAAACACUUCAUCAUUUCCUUCAUUUUUUUGUCUCUCACCUCAAACAAAAAAGUAGCUGAAAUUUCAGUUAUACAAUAAAUGCUAUCUCAAAUUCAGGCGUCCAUCUCCGAAUAUUAACCAAUAUUUACCAAACGUCUUCUUUUCCUUUAACUUGGACUGAACAAUUAUUCAGACUAACGAAUAAAUUAUGAUAAACAUGAUCGUUGUUUAAACCUUAGCAAAAUUUGUUGGGUUAAUUAAAAGGUUCUCGAAUAGGAAAAAAUCCUUUGUCUCCUGACUUAUCGUCUAUUGUCUCCAUGAAAUUUGAGAGAAUAAUUUCUGGACAAACUUUUCGAAAAAUUAGCUCGUCUUCUAUGCCUUUUCAUUUGAAAAAGGAAGUAUUCAAAUCGAUAACAGGUGCGCGUAAUGAAGGUUUGGCCCAAACUCGAUAGGCUACCAUGUUUGUUCAUGUCCUAAACCUAGUGUGCAUAUGUCUAAUUUUUGCCAUUUGGUACUCUGGAUAAGAGUUAAAAUCGUGAUUGAGCCGUCAAGGAAAAAGAAGUACACGUGACUUUCCUUUUCCGGAAUUUUUCAAAGAAAAAAAUGACCCAGAACCAUCUUCUGAAUUCUGAUGGUAAAAGAUAAACUCCAAGGUCGAAUUCAGGUCAAAACUUCCAGCCAUUCUGUGAUCCACCGUGAUUUAAAUCCCCCCAAAUCUGUUCCAUUUUUUGAUAAAGUGGCAAUCGCUACUUCAUUUAUAUUUUCAGUCCUUCCCGUUCCCCCCGCCUUCCUCAUUUCCCAUCCCAAGAUUAGACGCGGCUGUACUCAGAUGAAUAGGACAAUUUUAACUGACUGCCUCCUACAAAGUUUUUUUUCCUUUGGUCCGUUAUAUCUCCUAGCUUUCCCACCUCGCUCACCCCUUGGCUAGACGCGGUUGUAUUUAGAAGGCUGGGACAAUUUAAUUGAUUGCCUCUUACAAAAUUUGUUUUCUUGGUUCUAUAUCUGCAGGUGCCUCGUUUUAAAAAGUGAAAAGGAAUGCGCCGACAGAUGCAGUCUGUAGUGUGUACUCUUCUCGUUACAUCGUUUUGUCUCCACUGUUAGAUUAACGUGCUUCUUAGAAGAACAACGCCGCAAAGAAAACGCAAAAAUGCGUGUUAAACUGCUACUAAAUCCACAGCGUUUUUUGGCAUGCUUCUGCCCCUUUUUAAUGUAAGAGAAAUGCUCAUUAUAAGUUCCUUUGGUGAUAUGACUCCCCAAUGAUUUGGAGGAGACGUAACAUGAAGUUGCUAUAGCUCAUCAAUGGUGGUGCUGUUUAUGGAUUGGCAGCCCCUUAUUGCGUGCUAAGAGAACGCAAGAGCCAUUGCUUAAGUGAGAGUUUUUGAAGACGCAGAAUUAAAAUCAGCUUGAAUUAAGAACUGUUAGUUACAUUUUCUUCUUUUUUGAUCGAUUUUAUCCCUUCUAUCAUUCUUUAGUCUAAAAAUUUUAGUUAAGGUGUGUUACUUCAUUAAUUGUUAAUCUCGUAUUGGAGUAUUUUUCUGAUGAGUCAAUUUAAAUAAAAGGGCAAGAAGCACAUUUUAAACACGUAGUAAAUGCAUAAAUGUAUUUAAUACUUACUUAUUGGGUGAUUAAACAACC